AUCGAUAGAAUACAUGCGCGUCUGGUCGCGUCGCGACGCGCACGAGUUGUCCGAAACGCAAUGCAACGCAAUCUGCGUUUGCUCUCGAAUUUGUGCGCGUAAAAAGGAAGCAAAAUCGCUUUCGAAAUACAUUUUUACGACGAGUGGAUGAGAUCGCACGAGACGCGUUAAUCUUCUUCUUCUUCAAGCUCGACGAUAUUCCAAAACGUCAUAGUCGUCUCUGCGACGGAAUUAAUAUCAACGCGCAUACUGACCUAGAAUCGCUAAACGGAUCGUCAUCGUUGCUUCUCCCUCAAUAGUCAACAAGCGCGCCAUCACAAUGCAAUCGGAGAAGAAUGAUAUCGACACUGAAAAAAAUGAGGCUGUCAACAAUGAGGUCACGACUUCUGUCGCAAAUGAAGUUACGAAUUUGAAGAUCGAAGACGGUUCAACAAAUUCAACGCCAAGUAGUCCCGGUACCGAAUCAGGUAGCUUUUUAGCGAACUUCAAAGCAUUUUCCAAGUUCGGCGAUCCAAAAAGCGAUGGUAAAUUAAUUACAUUAAGUCAAAGUGACAAAUGGAUGAAGCAAGCAAAAGUGAUUGAUGGAAAAAAAAUCACUACUACGGAUACGGGAAUUUAUUUCAAAAAACACAAAUCCACAAAGCUCGGUAUUGAACAGUAUAAAACAUUUCUGGACGAACUAGCCAAAAAUAAGAAAGUGGAAUUAACGGAAAUAAAAAAAAAGAUGGCCAAUUGUGGAUCACCCGGAGUUACAACUGGCUCCAAUUCAGCUAGAAAAGCAGCAUCGACGGUCGACAGACUAACCGAUGUUAGUAAAUAUACUGGCUCCCAUAAGCAACGUUUCGACGAAACCGGGAAAGGUAAAGGCAUAGCAGGUCGCAAAGAUAUAUCAGACACAUCUGGAUAUGUUCAAGGCUACCAAAAUAAAGAUACGUACAAGGCCCACUAGUACUCUUUCGAUAAUAGAUAUCUUUAAAGACACACUAUUGUUGGUGAUUUGGCAUAUCUCAAAAAUUCAGUUGAAAUUGAAAUAUAUUAACAAUAAGACUAUUGCACGGCUUUUGCCAAAUCGCUGACAAUAUGUUUGCAGUAAUCGUACUCUUACGAUACUUCCACUCUUGAUAUUUAUGUUGCAUUUUUUGCGAUCGAAAUUUUUUGACACAUAUAACAGGUUUCGAUGAGAAUAUUAUUUUUUUUUUAAUAUAAAUGACUUUUUGUUCGAUUAACUAAAUCUACUUAUUCUUUACAAUUCAUCUAUUAUUUCAAGAUAUUUCUUGAUUUUUUA